UCUCGACGGGUGUGGAUGGAUUUUGGUGAUAUUCGAGUGAUUUGUGUUUCGCGUUGAUACCAUGGACAUUUACUACUGUGUUGUUUUGUAGUGUAGCGGUGCAUCUAUACAGUCACACAUCCACCCCUUCUUUUGCUGCUUGUUUGAUGCCAUCAACAAACUGCAACAGAGCGGAUGCAUCAUGCGUGGCACGAUUGCAUAGGAGCAAAUGAAACGGAGUUUUACCCGUGAGAGCCGGAAUCACUGCAGUUAGAGUGAAACACUGUCGAUAAAUUGUGUACCCCUUGAAUUUUGUGGAUGCUUUUCUCCUCCGCUCCAUUCCAUUCGCUUCGAAACGGUGCGUGUGUAUUGGUAACGGCCGUGCUGAAGCAUCGUCGCGUUUGUGAAAAUCGACCGAGCAGACAAAUUUCUGGGCUGGAUUUUUCUUCCUGCUUCGGCUGUCGGAGCCGUAUUCGAAAGUGCAUCGUUUAGAUCCGAGGCUUCGCGUUGAGGUGCCAAAUUCGAUCCGUGGUUUUGGAAUUUAGCUGUGUUUAGUAGCGUGAGUAACAGAUAUAAAGUAUGCGGUGGAAAACUUAAUCUGCGCCCAAAGUGAGAAUCGAAAAAGAAUGUCAAAAUUUUGAAUGUGGGAUUGGUUUCUCCGCCUAGCAGUGUGCGUGUUUGUGUAUCGCGAAGGUCUUGCAGCAGUAGUAAACAUGGAUGAAUAGUCGAUUUGCAAUGAAAACAGCAAAUCGUAGCUGCCACUGAAUUGACCUAUCUAAUUGUUCGAUUCAGGUUUGAAUGUUCGAAUAAUGGAUUUAAAGCAUAGUUAUAAAAAGUAAAUUGGCCAAUCAGUAGCAAAGUUGAUUAUGUACGAGGUGACGUGUAGAGUAGGAAAGCGAAAUAGUUGUACAACGCUUUUCAAAGUAGUGUUGGUAACUCCGUAGACGGAACGAAAAGCAACAAUACCGUAGCUAUACGUCGUGUAUAAAUGUGUUUGUGUAUGUGGUUGCACUAAUGAAAGGUGCGGAUUAUUAUUAUAAAAUGAAUGAAAUUUUGAUUGCACAAAAGUGAAAGAGUUCGUGAAAAUUAUGUCGAUUGGCGUUUGUCCGAAGUGAAGCAAUUUGGAAUUGCAGUUUUGUGGUGCAUUUAUUUGCGAGGCUGAAGACGAAAACGAAAACACAAAUCAAACCAACAUCAACACUUUCCUCUGCUUGUGUUGACUUGGAUUACUCUUGGCGUAUGGUUUUCAUCUGUUUCACAUCCUGACUGCGAUAAAGGGGAAAAUCUCUUUUGAAGCAUCGAGAUCCUUCGGCAGCCUUUGAUUGCGAGCGGUGUGUGCCACGUUUAGUGUUAAUUUAAGGUGGUGAUUUUCGAAGCAUCAAGCGGACCACAUUAGAAAACGCUGCCGGCACCGGUCGGUAGCAGCUGGAUCGUGUGAAUUGCGAAAAAGCAACAUGCCCGGUGUUACUCGUUUCUGAUUCGCCAAGUUAAAGAACACUUUGGUCGGGUGGAAACCACCGUCAACAGGAGGGUAGCGGCCGGCACGAUAAGAUGAUGAUGGCCAAUUGCAUCGAAACAAAAACAGGUUCUCCCGACGACAGGACAAUUACUCGACCGAGUUGUUGGUUGCCGGAUCGCAAGCUGAGCCGUCGUAAGUUUGAUUUGUGAGUGCAGCAGUGCAGGACAACACGCGAUUCAAGUUCAACAAUGGCAACGGCGAUGACGAGGAUUACCCGUUCGGUUAUAGUCGGUGAUGAUCAACAACACUAGCAGGGUGUAGUGUGUUCAGUGCAUAUUAGAGUGUGAGUUUUUUUUUUUCGUGUGUGCGUGUAGUAAACGAAGAAAAGUGAGCGUUCUAGCAGUGCCAGAUUUUGUCAAUCAAAUAGAAUUCAUGAUUUUUGUGUUACUGGAAAACCGAAGAAAAUGAAUUCCGUAUUUUCUGCGUUCAAAUCGGCCGGCAAGCACGAUGGCAAGCAGAAGUCAUCGAGCGGUAAGAAGCUGGCCCAAGAUCAGCCGAACAGCUACGAGAAGCUGCGGCACAUCCGCGAGAUCAGCUGCAAUAAAAUGAAUACUCUGGUGGCGCUUGAUCAGGUGGAAAUCAAUGGUGGAUUAUCGCCGCCCUGCGCCACCACACCGGUACAGAGUCCCUCCAGCGAGAAGAGUUUGGACCUGGAAGAUCUUGGUAUAGACCAGGUGGACCGAUCGAUUGCAACCGCAGAAAUCUCAAGCUCAGACCAGCAGCAUCAACUACCUUCUAUUGCUAGCACCACAGCAAUAACCGCAAAGGCUGACACAACAAGUGAUAGUUUAGGUGAUAGUGUAGUAGUGAAUAAGCCUCCAUCGGGGGCAGCAGCCGCAGCCACAACCACAACAACAGCAACAGCAACAACAACGAUCAACGGUGGCAGUGGUGGAGGUGCCGUUUUUGCCAUACCCACCGCUCCCGCUGCUUCAACCAUUCCGACCAACAACAACAACGCUAGUAGCAAUCAAUGGAACGUCGUCAGUGGCAGCAGUCGUUUCCACAAACCUAGGCUUAGCUUGAGCAACAGUGUCGGGCUGAGCGGUAGCAGUAGUAGUAGUAGUAACACAAUGCCCUCGGUGCACGGUCGAACCGGUGGAAACGGUGCGACGGGUGGUGCUACCAGCGGACCGGGUGGGAUGCCACAGAAAACCAGACUGUCAACGCACCAAAGAAAUCUCAGUUUAGACUUCAGAUCAAUGGGAAUCCUGUUACCACCAGUGUCACAGGUGACCAAUACCCGAAUCAACAUGACCCAGCAUCAUCGGAACCGAAGUUUAGACAGCGCCCUUCAGCGGAUUCCUGAGGUGGAAGUAUCGUCGCCAAGUGCCGAAUCGGAGAACACCCUGUGUACGAACUCGAUUCUCGGUGCCACCAUGUGCAGUAAAAUCAUUCAGUCGUCAUCGACAAAUCCAACCAACACACCGGCCAUCACUCGAGGGAUCAGCUGCAGUGCAGGAGCUAGCAUCUCCGGCAACGGCGGAACGGUACUCGACAGAAGCGAAGCUGGAUCUGCGCUCGUACCCGGAUUGCGAACGGGUAAGGUCGAAAACGAAACCCUUGGUGGAAAGGAAAGUGACAGCAAAAAGAGGGAAGACUUGACCAGCCUAGGGUCGGACGAUUCCGGCAUCAUUUGUGGAUCGGAACCAGACCACACCUCACUGACACGGAUCCGCCGCUCACGGGAAAGCCUGGACUCGGGUGAAAUCGAUCCUUCCGAGGAAGAGUGUAUCGAAAUUCUAGAGACUACCUCGAUGGACGAAGAAUAUCGGAUGCUACAGGCAGAUAUGUGUUUUUACCCGUUAACCCUGUCGGGUUCGGCAGGUGCGGGCAGUCGCAGUAGCAGCACGAAGGAAAAGGAUAACCAUAGCGGGAAGUCGGUCGAAACCGGAGCCGAAGGGGGGAUCGUUAGCGAUAAGGUUCGCUAUCGUGAACAGAACAUGAACAAAGCUGCCAUCAUGAUGGAAAAGAUUUGUGUCCCGAUCGAGUACGAGGACGAUCUGUCGUCGGGUGGUGGAAGCGAUGAGGCGACAGGUGAGGACGAAAUUGACGCAUUGACACCCGUGGUGGGUGAAGAUAAAACCAUAAUGGAUGAAGCCGAUUUGCAAACGCCAGUGGCUGAGACGAAGGAUGCCUCGGCGACGACCUGUACUACGAAUUCUGUUGUGCCAAGUACCAGUAGCCAAAAAAGCGAUCAAAAGAACGAAAUCAUAUUUCGUAACUUUUUUGGCGCUACCAAGAAUGCCAUUUUUCGAACGGCCCAAAGCAUUAUCGAUAAUCACGAGAAAAAGAGUGCGAAAAAUAAGGAGAAAGAAGAGGAGAAGGUAAAGUCGCCGACUGAAAUUUCCAAGAAGCGCGAGUUCAAUGUUUUACGGUCGCGAGUAAAGAAUAAAGAAUCCAACAAUGUCAACGGAGGAACUUCCAAUAACGCUAGCAGCAGUGGUGCGGGAAACAGUAACAAUUUGUUAACCCCGGAAGUACCACCAUCGACGAAGCUGGGAUUCAAGAGUCUUUCGAAAUCGUCGUCCACCAGUUCACUGAAAGCACCGGGAACAGCCGUUGCGACCUGUCCAAAUCCGAAGAAAAUAAUUGAACCUCAUAUCACGGACGAACGGGGCCAAAGUGGUCUGCUGAGGUUUUUCGAGUCACCGGUAUUCAACAUCCACUUUGCCGUCCAUUACCUGUUUUACUCCACGGAACCCGGUGUCCUCAGCUUCAUUGGCAACAAAAUUUUCAGCUUCCCCGACGUCGAAGUGGAUCUGUACAUCCCGCAGCUGAUCAUCAUGUACAUGCAGAUCGAAGAGCUAUCCGAAGUGCUAGAUCCCUAUUUAGUCUACCGGUGUCGACAGUCCGUAGAUUUUUGUUUGCGAUGUAUUUGGUUGCUGGAAGCUUACAACUUCAAUAUGGGUAAGGGAAGCAAUCCGGCCCGGAAACACUUGACCCUGCUGAGAGAAUUGUACCCAAGGCGUGAACGAAAGCAAAACCUGAGGCCGAUGGAGUCGGCUAUGGACUCGGCAAAAAAGACUCAUCACCGUUCCCAGUCCGAUGCAACUGGUCUGAUGGGAUCACUGUCCCUAAAUCCGAUCGUUUUUCCUACCCCUCCGCGACCUCUGUGUCUUGGGGAUCUCAGCAGCGGACGGGCAUUCGAUAACGGUUGCUCUUGCUUCGAAUCCGUUCGAGGAGCUGUGAACGAUCUGCUCGGACAGCAGACCGUUUGCUACUGCGGAGCACCGAAGUUGGUCCCACAGAAAGAGUUCAUGAAAUCUCUAAUCGACAUCGGCCGAAUGUUGACCGUCCUAGAAACAAAAAUCGAGAAAACAGCUCGACUACGGAUACUCCUCAACUUGAUCAACAAGAAUCUUCCAGCGCGUGUUUGGCUUCCACUGCAUUCCGAGACGCCGCACCACGUGGUACGGAUAACCGAAGAGAAAACGGCAGUCCUAAACUCGAAGGAUAAAACACCGUACAUCAUCUACGUGGAGGUUGUCGAAGUGAAUGACAUCUACACGUCACCCGUCAUCCCGAAGCUGAUGCCCACGUUGAGGCACACCAAGAGUGAAGAACGGUUGGACAGUGGGAACAACAAACCGAACGAAACAACAACGGAUCCCAACAAGCGAGACUCGAAAAUCUCCGAAUGUUCCUCCGGGGAGCUAUCGACGCCUAGUCUUGCAUGGGGAAUGCUCGGUGGAAUGUGCGACUAUAGCUUGACCGACGAUGACGUGUGGUCGGCGGAAGAUGAUGAAAUAACGGCACAAUACCUGAAUCUACACAAGACCCUUUCCGAUCGGGACACGAUUUCCCAGAUUUCGAUGGAUUCCUACGAUUCUCGUGAACAAGGAGCACCGGUUGUUUUCAACAUAGACGAGGAUCGGAAUCGCCAAUGUGCCAAUCUUAAUUCCGAGAACACCAAACCAUUCAGCUUUGAUCCCGAUGAUCCUUCGGCUGCUAUCCUGAAGGAACCAUGGCACGAAAAAGAGAAACAGAUCCGGGAAAGUUCCCCUUACGGUCACCUACAGAACUGGCGACUGCUUUCGGCCAUCGUCAAGUGCGGUGACGACUUGCGACAGGAACUCAUGGCGACACAAUUGUUGGAGAUGUUCAAACUAAUCUGGGAGGAGGAGAAAGUGGACCUUUGGGUGCGACCGUACAAAAUCGUGUGCCUGUCGAACGAUUCCGGUUUGAUCGAACCGAUUCUGAAUACCGUGUCGCUACAUCAGAUCAAGAAAAAUAGUAACAAAAGCCUGAGUGAUUACUUCGUGGACGAGUACGGCGAUAUGGAUUCGGUUCAGUUCCGGGCCGCCCAGCGAAACUUCAUGCAGUCCUGUGCGGCGUACUGUUUGAUAUCCUAUCUGCUGCAAGUCAAGGAUCGACACAACGGAAAUAUUCUGCUACAUGCUGAUGGCCAUUUGAUUCACAUCGAUUUCGGAUUCAUUUUGAGCAUAUCGCCUAAAAAUUUGGGUUUCGAACAGUCGCCCUUCAAAUUGACACCCGAGUUUGUGGAUGUCAUGGGAGGACCAUCGUCCGAGUUGUGGUACGAUUUCAAGCAUCUGCUGCUCGAAGGCCUGAAGGCAGCCCGCAAGCACAUGGAUCGCAUCAUCAACAUCGUGGAGAUAAUGAGAAGUACAUCCCAAUUGCCAUGCUUCAAGAACGGUUGCUCCGGUACCGUGCGAAACUUGCGGCAAAGGUUUCACAUGAACCUAACGGAACAGGAGCUGGAACGGAAGGUCGAACAGCUGGUGCAGGAUUCGCUUAAUUCGUUCUCGACGAAACUGUACGACAGUUAUCAGUACUUUACCAAUGGCAUUUUGUGAGAACGAUUCUUUAUGAAAAUCUAAGACAGGUCGGCGAAAACGCGAACGCGUGUCCCCCGUCCUGCUCAUGGCCAUAUGCAUGGUGGAAGGCAAUUAUAAUUAAAAAUGGAGAAAAGUACAAAAAAAGUUUCUAUUAGUGUUUUUUCCCCCGUUUUGUCGUUUGUACAAAUUAUACACACGCAGUAAAACGGUUUUUUUCCUGAUCAAAAAAAAAUCAUAUUCAAAUAUAUAUUGGUUGUUCUCGGAUUUUGAAGAAGGGCAAGAAAAGAAAGAGUCUUCGUGUAAAUGUCAUGUAAAUACGGAUGGUUAAUUGCAAAAAGCAAAAGUGUACAUACGAAAAAAAAAAGAACAGAGCCACAUAAGUAGGAGCAUAGCAUGGAGGUUUUUCUGUGAAAAACCUGUUUCCCCCCUCAGUAACUUUUUUAAUCGUAGAUUUUUCUGUGUAAAAAUAUUACAGCUAACUUUAUUAGUCGAAUCGUGUUUAAGAAGCAACGUAAAAGAAUGAAAACAAUGCAAACAAAAUCAACAAUUCACAACUACUUUUAAAUCAAACUCCGUCGGAGGAAACGAAAGCAAAUGAGUCAGAUAGUUACAUUGUGUGCAUAGUUAGUAGUUAGUUGGCAGUGCUGAAAAUUGAUGACAUGUUUUUUUGUUUUUUUUUUUUUUUUUUGAAUACCCGAGUGCAUGGAGAUUUUUCCACAUUGCCUACCAUCCGGUCAGUCAAACAUGAAUGUCACGCGUAUCACCUAUGACAGUCAUAAGCCACCAGAUCCGCAUGAAUGAGGUAGUGGCGACAUUCACGCUCACGCUAUUGGGUGAUGAAUGUAACGAAAGAAAUGAUUAUCAUGAACAGGAUGGGCUGCAAAUUUUUUUUUCGAUGCGAAUUGACAAACACAAACUUUUAUGAGGAAAUUCAGAUUGGAAAUUCAGGUGGUCAUCAGAUGUGUAGAGUUGUCAACAAAAAAAAAACAUGACAAUGUAAUAUUAAUAAUUGGACUACAAAGGAAUCCAAUAGUGUCCAAAAAGCACUAAAUUAAGAAAUUUUCAAGGUUCAUAGUUUUGUCAAUCAACCAAAAUUUACAGUUUUCGAAAAAAAGUUCAAACAUGAGUUGGAUGGAACAGGACCUUCGAUAUUGAUCGAAAAUUUAGAAGGUUUAGUUAUGUUCUGAAAAACGUUCAAAUAUCAAUUGAAUGAAAAACGAAGUCAAUAGUGAUGGAAAAUCACAAGCUUUGAUUAAUUUAAUUUUGAGGUGCGUAGAGUCCGACAAACAAAUAUUUCCAUUUUUGCAACAAAAAAAAUCAAAUUUGAAUUAGAUGGAAAAGGAGGACGUCAACAUAGUUGGAAAAUUACUGGAUUCAAGUAUUUUCAAGAUGUAUAGAGUUGUUUAACCAACGAAAAUGGACUAGUUUUCAAAAGGUCUCAAAUUUUCAUUGAAUGAAAAGGGGAAUCAAUAGCAAAAGAUUAGAUUAUUUUCAAGGUGCAUAGGGUUCUUUCACCAACCAAAAUUCAUAGUUCAGUAAAAAAAUUCAAACAUGAAUUGGAUGAAAAAGAAUGUUAAUAUUGAUAGAAAAAAAACUAGAUUUGAGCAUUUUCAGGAUGCCAAUAAAAAGGGGCUAUUUCUAAUUUCGUAAAGCGGUAGUGCUCAAAGGGUGAAUGUUUGAAAACUAUCGAUCUUUUAUUUUUUUUGUGUGGCUUUUUAACGAUAUCAAACUAACUAGAGAUUAUAAGAGGAGAAUCCGAUUUAGAUAGUAAAUGGCAAACGACAUUUGCCCUUACUUUCUGACAUUUCAGAGACUCGGAUGAUUCGUAUCGCAAAAAUGCCUAAGUUCGACUCCUCUGGUAGAAGGUAAAAGUUUAGAUACGAGAAGUCUUCUGCUUACUUGAAUGACCCUUGUCACGUCUCACUUUUCCGAAUUUUAUCUUCACAUCCUUGCUCUUCCUUGAGUACUAUGGCUCUACAAUUUCUAACUCUUUCUCCUCUCAUAAUCUCUUGUUAGUUUGAUAUCGUUAAAAACCAAAAAAAAAAGAAGUUAAAAAUACUGACUGACCAGAAGUCAUAAAUAAAAGAAGUAAAAAAUUAUCGAUCUUGAAAAAUCACCAGAAGAGAAGUGCAUGAAAUCUCCGAAACGGAAAAAAAAAAUUUUAUGCCGAAUGCCUUAUGUGACUUAUGUGAUCCAGAAACUUAAAAAAUUUAAAACUCCGCAGUUAAAACACAAACGAUUUUCCAGACAUGACAGUCACGAUCUUUUUUUGGCGCACAUCUACGGUCCUCCGUGAAACUGGCACCAAUGGUGAUACAUUGGUUGCACUGCUGAGUUCCCAUCAUACAUUCAUAAUGCAAAUGUCAAACCGUGAGAACCCUUUCGAUUUGGUAGUUCAUUUGUAUAUAUUGAGAUUUUAUGGCACACUUUGGUUGAAAUGAUAACAAUGCAAUUAAUCUCGCGCUCCACCAAGCGGUGAGUGCGGUCAUUUCAGAAGGUACCGGGAACGAACCACAUUUUUUAAAAAUAUUUAUAACCACGUACAUGUCUUUAUUAUUUAUCUUUGGUUGAAAAAAACUCCGAGGAACUUGAAAAAAAUCAAUUUUCCGAAAACAAUUUUUUGUAUGUCAAAGGUCUUAAAAUUGCCUAAAACAACGAGAUCUGCUAUCAUCCGGAAAUUUUUUUUUUGGGACAAAUAGACUCAGGAACUUUGAAUUUUCGAAAAUGAAAAAAAAAAUUUUAAAUAAAAUUCAUAGCAUUGCACGAACUGUUGAGAUCUGGUAUCAGCUUGAAAAAAAAAUUUCAGACUGUCAGUAACUUAAAAAAUUUGAAAUUCUCUAAUCGAAAAAAAAAAAAUCAUGCCAAAUGUCUUACAAUUGCAUGAACUGUUGAGAUUUGGUAACAGCGUAGAAAAACUUUUCUUGGAAUAAAAUGGACUUGGGAUUUUGAAAACAUUCGAAAUUCUUUGUUUGAUGCUAAAUGUCUUAGAAUGGCAUGAAACGUCGAGAUCAGGUAUCAUCGCGAAAAGAACAUUUUGAUCAAAAUCGAUUCUAAGAACUUGAAAAAAAUUUAAAAUUUCCGAAAUCGAUUUUUUUUUCGAUGUCUUACGAUUGAACUGUUGGGAUCACCUCGAAAAAAACGUUUUUGGAUACAGAAAAACUUGUUUUUUUUUUAAUUUCGAAUUAAAAAAAAACAUUUUUGCCUAAUGGCAAAUGUCUAAGAAUCUGUUAAGAUCUGGUAACAGCCAGAAUUUUUUUUUUCAAAUAAAAUGGACUUUUAGGAACUUGUAAUGUAAAACUUCCAAAUUGAUUUUUUUUAUGCCAAGUGGCUAAGAAUUGCAUGAAACGUCGAGAUAUGGUAUCAUCUAGAAAAAUUGAGAUAAAUAGACAAGAAUUUGAGAAAUUUUUGAAUUUCCGAAAUUGAAAAUAAAAAAUUUCUUUUUGAUGUCAAAUGUAAUAAAAUUGAAUGUUCUGUUGAGAACUGGUAUCAUCUCGAAAAAAAAGUUUUUUUUGAGAAAAUUUGACUCAAAAAAUGAUAAAAAUGUUGAAAUUCCGGAAUUGAACAAAAAAUUUCAACUUUCUUUGCGUUUUGUCUUCGGCUCGUCAGUACUUAAAGCAGUUCAAGUAGAACUGCCAUCUCCGCCUAGCAGUCCAACUUUAAUCGCUAAGCAGACGCAAAGCCUACACAACUCAUGUAACACUUUUGGAUAUUACACAGAGGUGCAAUAUCCUUUCUGACGUCUCGGGCGUAAACGAAUGACGACUGGCUACUGGUCGCCGUAGAGUUUGAACAUUUAGGGGUUUUUUGUUUUGUGCAAAAAGCACAUAUUUUGUUUCAACUUUCUUUGCGUUUCGCUUUUGGCUCGUUAGUGCUUCAGCGGUUUAAGUUGGACUGCUAGGCGGAGAUGGCAGUUCUACUUGAACUGCUUUAAGCACUGACGGGCCGAAGACGAAACGCAAAGAAAGUUGAAAUUUUUUGUUCAAUUCCGGAAUUUCAACAUUUCAAAAAUGUUUUAGAAGCCAAAUGUCUUAGAAUUUCGUGAACAGUUGAGAUCUGGUAACAACACAAACAAUUUUUUUGAGAAAAAAGAAAUUAAAUAUUUCAUUGUUGCCAAAUGUCUUAGAAUUGCUUGAAACGUCGAGAUUUAGUAUCAUCUCGAAAAAAAAAUUUGGAAAAGGUCAACUCUCAGGAACUUGAAAAGUUUUAAACUAAAAAAAAACUUUUUAUGCCAGAUGGACUGUUCAGAUUUGAUAACAGAUCGAAAAAAUUAUUUUGAAUAAAAUGGACUCUUAGGAACUUGAAAAACUUCAAAAUUUCCGAAAUUGAGAUUCUUUUUCCUAUGUCUUGGAAUUGAUGAAACACAGAGAUAUGAGCUGAUACUAGAGCUCGAAAAUAUUUUUUUUUGAAAAAAAUUACUCAGGAACUUGAAAUUUUCUUAAAAUUCCGAAAUCGAAAAAAAAUUUUUUUUAUGCCGAAUGUAAUAAUAUGUGUUGAGAUUGAUAACAGUUCGAAAAAUUUUCUAUAGAAAAAAUGAACUUUCAGAAAUUAACAAAAAAUUUAAAUUUCCGAAAUAGAUUUUUCUUAAAUGCCAAGUGUCUUGGAAUUGUACAAAAACGUCGAUAUCUGGUAUCAUUUCUAAAAAAAAAACCUUUGAUACUAAAUAUCUUAGAAUUGCAUGAAACGGCAAGAUCUAGUAUCAUCUCGGAAAUAUUAAUUUUUUUUGAGAAAAAUAGACUUAGGAACUUGUAAUUCUUUUAAAAUUCCGAAAUCGAACAAAUUUUUUUUUAAGUCAAAUGUCUUAGAAUUGCAUGAAACAUUGAGAUCAUCUCAAAACGAAAAAAAAAUUAGAAAAAAUAACUAGAACUUGAGAAAAAUUUUGAAACGCCGAAAUUGUAAAAAAAAAAUGAUGCCAAAUGUAAUGAAACUUUUUUUUUUCGAGAAAAAUCGAUUCUCAGCAACUUGAAAAUAUUUUGAAAUUUCCGAAAUCGAAAAAUAUUUUUUUUAUACCAAAUGUCUUGGAAUUGCAUGAAACGUUGAGAUCAUCUUGUUAUAAAUUGUUUGUUUGAAAACAUCGACUAUUAGAAACUUGAAAAAACUGAAAUUUCUAAAUUGAAUUUUUUUCUGCCAAAUGUCUUAGAAUUGCAUGAAGCCUAGCGAUCCGGUAUCAUCCCGAAAAAUUUUUUAUUUUCAAAACAUCGACUCUGAAACUCAGACAUUUGGCAUAAAUUUUUUUUUUUCAUUUUCAAAAAUUUCCAAAUUUUCCAGUCUAAGAGACAAAUUCUUAGACAGACUCUCAAAAAAAAAAAAUUCCGAGUUCGUAAAUUUCAAAAUGUUUUUCAUGUUCAUGAGAGUUCAUUCAUCCCAAAAAAAUUGGCUUGAGAUGAUACCAGAUCUGGACGUUUCAUGCAGUUGCAUAAUUAUUUUUCCAAAAAUAGAAAUUUUUUAUAUUUUUAGACUUGUAUUGAGCUACCUUUUCAUACAAUUAAUGUUAUCCGUUUUUUUUAAUUGUAAACUUUCACUGGUUGACAACCCUAUGCUUCUAAUACAUGCUUCAAUGUUGUGAUUUUCGAUCAAUAAUGACGUCUUUUUCCAUUCCAUUCAUUUUUGAAAAUAUUUCAAAAUUGUCAAUUUUUACAGGUUGACAACCCUAUGCAUAUCUAGUAAUUGUGAUCCUACUGAGAUUUUCGAUCUAUAUUGAAGCCGUUUUUUUUUGUUGGUUAAUAACCCUAUCCCUUUUUAUUCAAAAUAUGUUUGUUUUUUUUUUUCGAUAAUAGAUACCAACCUAACCGCAUACAUUCGAAAAGUGCACGAGUCCAACAAUUAUCGAUUUAUCCUUCAAUAAAAUAAUAUUUGACACUAUUUCUUCGCGUUUCGCCUUCGACUCUUCAGUGCUCAAUGCAGUUUAAACUGAACUGCCAUCUCGCGCCUAGCAGUUCCAACUUAAACCGCUAAGCAGACGCAAAGUUUGCACUAUUUAUGCAACCCUCAAAUAAUAUUGCACAAGUGCUAUAUUAUUUCUGACGUUCCAGGCGUAAACGAGUGACGACUUAUUACUGGCCCUAAUAAUAAAAAAGGAGAAACGCCAAAGAAAUAGAUACAAAAUAUGUGCAUUCUGCACAAAUUACCAAAUUCCUAAAUGUUCAAUAUUUGGAAUUUUUCAAAAAUUGUGAGCUGGUGGCCAACCCUAUACAUCUAUUAAAUGCUUAAUCAUUGUGAUUUUCGACCAACAUUGACUUAAUUUUCUACUCAAUUCAUGUUUGAAAAUAUUUUAAAAAUUGUGUAUUUUCGCAGGUUGACAACUCUAUUCAGUUCUCGGAAAAUAGUUAAUUUUCGUAUGUGUAUAAAUCUAUCAAAGUUGUAUCUUUAGUGACUUGCCUUUUCAUACAAAUGAUGUUGACAUUUGAAAUAAAAAAUUGAAUUUUCGAUGUUUGACAACCCUAUGCAUCUAGGAAAUGCUUAAAUGUGGUGAUUUCCGAUCAAUAUUGACUUCAUUUUUCAUUCAAAUCAUGUUUAAAAAUAUUUCAAAAACUGUCCAUUUACGCAAAUAGACAACUCUUUGCACCUUAGAAAUGUUUGAAUCCGCAAUAUUUUAUUGACAUUGAGGAAUUCCGCACCGAAAACCAAAUGCAGCCCAUCCUGUUGAUGAUACUGUAGACUUUUUUCUAGACUAUAUUUAUUGUUGACGUUAUUUAAUUACAAAAAGUUGUCAGAUCGUACAUGGCCUGUUUGUUCAGUUCAAACUAACAAAUGAAUCUAAUCUCAUCGUUACCGAAACAAAACUAGGAGCGCAAAAAAUGGUUGUGCGAUAUUGCCACGUCAUUACACUCUAACUAUUUUCUGGUACAUUUCGAAAUAAUAUUACACAAAAUGCUACAACACAAUCAUUCUUUCGUUACAUUCGUCGAUCAAUACAAGAGCGUUAUAGUCGCCACCACAUUCAUGUGCGCGCGACUGGUGGCUUAUGACUGUCAUCGCUAACAUUCAUCUGUGUGCUACGAGCAACAUUCAGUACGUGAAAGUUUCCAUGCACUCGGUCAUUCAAAGCAAACAUCUGGCUACAGUUUUAGGUAGCACAACCGGGGAGUUUCACUUAAAACUGUCAGGUGAAGGAAUCGUUUCCAGCACUGCCUGGCUAGUCGGUAUGGCAGAGAUAUAAUUCCAAUAAUCAAACGGUUAGGAUAGGAAACGGUAAUGUUUGUCCCACAUUUCGGCUUAAACCAAUGGCUUCGAUAAUUUUGAAUCCGGUCUGAGGUAGGACAGGCGAACCACAUAAUUUAUAUACUCAUUCUAUUUAGCUAAUCUGCAAUUAUUUCAACUAAACAUUACCAAGCGCGCUCGACGGCAAGGGAACCAUCCGAUAGAGGUUAUUUUUUCUCUGUAAAACAGAGUUAGACGACCACCGCAGCUGACGAUCUAGAAAACAUUCCUUGAAACGCUGAGCUCCACGUGGGGAUGCCUAUCGGAGAAGCCCCUUUUGCGCAACACGUCCGAGCAAAAAUAUUACUCUACUUGUCCAAGUUUAAACAAUACAUAGAAUCCUUUAUAGAGCAUAGAUAGCACUUCUUUCAGUUUUUUUUUACUGAACCUAGAGAGAUUCGUGAAAGAAGGGGGCUUGUUAAGUUAAUUGUUGCAGGCAGGCUUUUGUCUUUGAUCGUAUAAUGCCGCCGGGAAAGAAACACCGCAGAAAUCUAACUAAUUCUAUUUUAUUCGUCGCAAUUUAAUGUUCGCUUCGUUGUACAUAUGUUAGCUCCAUGUCCAAAAGUUCACGUUUAACGGGGAUUCGUUAAUCUUUUUGCAUACUUAAUCUUAUAUAGUUGAAAGACAUACUUCUACAAACAACAAAAAAAAAAAGAAAGAAAAGUUUAUACAAUCUACCAGAAUAAUCUAAUUCUUAUCGAUUCCUGGAAUCUUUUAUUUCGAAACUAAACAAAAACUGAAUAGUCAAAUAAGUAUCAAUUCUAUUCAUACCUUCCAACCUACCUAACAAACUAGUAAAAUACACAUCUCGAGGAAAAACCACAGGCGAUAUACAUACUCGAAACGCAGCGAGAGCUAAAACAGUGGCGAAGCAAGCAGCAAAUACUCGUGGACUGACGAACCGCAAAUAUGAACCAAGCAACCAACCAACCAACCAACAAACCGACCGACCGUCUUGUACAGAGAGCGCGAUUUGAGCCAAACUUUCCACGGAGAUAUCGCAGUGAAACCAUUCGAUUCUCAUAAAUUAUCUAGAUUUAACUAUAUAAACUAAAGUCAUUUUGUUUGUUUAUUAUUUCUACUGGUAACACUUUAAAAUCAAAACUUGGAUAGUUAUACUAAGGCAAAACAGAUGAAGCAUGUUUAUUAACAGCGAAUAAUGGUGGUGAAUAAGACGGAACUGUCACAAAAAAAAACAACGUAGAUAGCUUUUUCAUAUAUUAUAUUCAAUUUAAAGAGCAAAGCGAAGCGAAAUAUAACAAACACUAUCUGGGGAUACGAAAACUGCGGACAGCAAAAAAUGGUAUGUUGUAUUGGAUAAAAUCAGAAAAAAAGUCCUAUAUUUAUUAACGGGAAUACAAAAUCAGCAAGCAAAACUAUGAAGUAAGAGAAACAAUUGAUAGGGGGAAAAGUGUUUUGCGCUAACCCUAAAAUUAUUAAAAUUAGUUUCAGUAAUCGAUAACGAUUAAUCUUACAUGCAAAUAAGCAAAUUAAGAUAAAUAAAUAACAAUACGUA